AGGAAUGGGUUUCUACGAGUGCUGCAUGCGUUGUCUGGGAGGAGUGCCCUAUGCCUCCUUGGUAGCCACCCUCCUAUGCUUCUCGGGCAUUGCACUGUUCUGCGGCUGCGGGCAUCAGGCACUGACAGAGACUGAGAGGCUCAUUGAGACCUACUUUGCUCGCAACCUGCAGGACUACAUCACACUGGCAUACCUUAUUGAGUACUUCCAGUAUGUUAUCUAUGGGCUGGCCACCUUCUUCUUUCUGUACUGUAUUGCACUACUGGCUGAGGGCUUUUACACAACCAGUGUGGCAAGGCAAACAUUUGGGGAGUUCCGAAGCACUGUGUGCGGCCGCUGUCUCAGUACAAUGUUUAUAGUGAUCACAUAUUUCCUGGCUGUCAUCUGGCUGCUGGUCUUUGCUCUCUCUGCCCUUCCCGUUUACUUCUUUUACAACAUGGCGACCACCUGUCACACCAUCAAUAUGCUCUCUGAAACACCCUCCAGCAUCAACCAGCUCUGUGUGGAUGCCAGACAAUAUGGUUUGCUCCCAUGGAACACUGUCCCAGGAAAAGCUUGUGGGAUGACCCUGUCCAAUGUGUGCAGUACAAGAGAGUUUUUCCUGACCUAUGAUCUCUAUAUCGCAGCAUUUGCGGGAGCUGGAAUCACCUUAUUGGCCCUUCUCACAUAUGUGGUGUCCACUACCUAUAAUUUUGCUGUACUGCGCUAUCUGGGGAGGAAAGGCUUAGGUCCGAGGUCUUAAGAUCCCUGCUUUCUCCUACCAUCCAUGCUGCACCCUAUAGGUGACCUGAAGAAAUUAUUUCAACUACCUGUUUAACAGCACCUACAUUUCUGUUGAACACAUCUGAGGAAUCUGUCUUCCAAAUUGAACUGAGGUGACGCCUUUUAAGCAGCUCAGCUUUUUGUCCACCAGGUGGUACUGUAUUUUUGAGCCAUGCAGGCUAUUGCAUGUUUUAAAAGUUCUGAUGGCUAGUCAACAAAUUGUUUAUUGUAACACUUCUUGAUUAUGAAAAUGUGCACAUCAAUAACUACAAUUUUCAGGAACCUUUUUUUCAUCAUUUUUUCAUCAGUUUCUUUACUGAUGAACAAAAAUAGUGACAAGAAGCAAACUGAUGAAAGCUCAAAGCGCAAACAUUGGUUUUUCACUUCAAGGCUUUGAAUCUAAUCUGUUCACAUAUUUGGUGCCAAUUGGAUUUUGCAAUUUGUGUUUACUUUUUUAUUAUUGUUUUAUAUAAUUUUUUAAGGGAUAGCUGUUUAUAUUUAUUUUUGUGAUUUAAGAUUCAAAAUGGCAUUCACGUGUCUUGUUUUAGUGCCCACAUCCCUUACUAAAUGUGGGAGUAUACCUUAUUCUUUCUAAAGUAGGUGUUGUACACUAUUACUAUUAAAAAUGAAGUAGCUUGGUAGACUUCUGAAGUGUUUUUAUCACCCCAAAAUGUAGGUUUAAUUUUUUUUGUUUUUCUUUUGGACUUUUUAGGACUUUUAGUAUAAACUAAUCAGGUUUGAUUAAACAAUAGCUUUUGCUUUUUUUUCAAUUUUGCUUGGAGUGCAUCAAAAAAGCACCAUAAUGUUGCUGAUGACUUCUUACUAUGCUGAUUAUUUUUCACAUUUGGUUACCAUGGUGCCAGGCACACCAGUACUUAGAGUGACCACAGCACUUUCUCCCCUUCAGUCUUGAACAUAAUGGAGCCAGUGCUGGAAUGGAAUGGAGUUAAUGUUUCAGAGGCAAUUGGCUUCUGAGCUCUUACUGAUGAUGGCUUUGACUCCCCCUAGCAUUGGGUGAAUAUUUAUCUCAAAUACAAACUUUUCCAGCUAUAAAACUGCAUUUGUUUUGUCUCUGUAACUAUCAGGAGAAAAGUAGUAGUUAUUGUAUAACACUCUUUAGUUAGAUUUUAACUAAUCCUACUGAAGAUUUACAUUUCAUUUAUCAAAAAUUUGAUUUUGUGCCACUAAUAAUAUUUAUAAUUUUAGUUUGAAAAGUGAAUGGUUUAUCCAACACAGGUUGCUUUUUCUUUAACCUGUUGGCUGUCUAAUACAUCUUUCAGGCAAGAGGGUGAGGGAGAAUCUUGGUGAUUAAAUAAAGGAAAAUCAAGGCCCUUUAAUGUUUUCUGUGUGAAAAAGGGACUUUGGUUACCAGGUUUGUCCACAGGUUCACUGUCCUCUGCACCUGGCCAUGUGGCACCUUGUACAAAUGUUGGCAGGUCAAAGAGGAGACAGUCGACUAUGUUUGGCAGACCCCUGAACAUUCACAGCUGCAUUCUCCAUUCUCCUUCCAACUCCAAUGACAUGCAACACAGAAGCAGAGGCUUCUAGUAGGCAAAACGAUAAAGCAUGAGUUAUGGGAAAACCUAGAGUUUUAAAAGUACGUACUAUUUUUGCGGAUGUUGAUAUUGAUGAUGAGCAUUGAAUCAAAUGUUCUGUAUUAUCCUAUUGCAAUAUAUUUUUUACAAGGUUCACACUGAUUCAGAAUGAGCUUUUGAUACAUUAAGUGGCAGUUAUAUGAUGUAUUUUCACUUAAAGAAUUUCCAGUUUACAUGUUUUUGCAAACACAGCUGAUCUUUGAUUUUUCCUGUUUAAGGAUACUUUCAUCAAGGAAACUAAUGACACAUUGUCAACUGACAUUUUUAUUCAUCUUACUGGUAUUGGAUAAUCGCAAACCGAAUUAGUUUGGUAUGUAAACAGAAGCAAUCUUGACUUCCUUUAUUGCCAUGGGGCAUGUAAUGCAAGACAGUGGGUUGGACAGUUGAGGAACUCAGCCUUUCCCAGGUACCAUUACACAACUUGAACUCAGUUCAAAGCACAUGGAGCAAAUACUUUGGAACGCUAGACAGCAACUUCAUAACAUGUCAGAACAGUAUUUGUGAGUGAAUGCCCAGUGCAGUACAUACAGCAUGUGACAUGAUCUAUCCAAGCCCCUGCUCAUGUUUAGUGCAGUAAAUGCCUUUACCUAUAACCACAGACUUGACUCUCUACAUUUCUGGGAAAAGAGACAGUGACAAAUUUAAAAAAACAAUACUUUCAUAAAUGGAAAACAAUAUGCAAAUGAUUAAUAUUUACUCUCUUGCUUAUCACACAAAAUAACAACAAAUAAAUAAACACCACCAAGAAUUCAACAUGCAUGUCUAUAAAUCUUAAUAUGUCUUUACAUAGACCCUUUCCACAUAGGCAGCAGUACUUUACUUUCUAAUUUGGGAGGGCAGUAGGGAGAUAAACAUUAAGCAUCCUUGGAAUGCAUCACCUGUAACAAAAUACUGUAAAACAAGAUGCAACACAACUAUAUCAGAAUCACAAUGAACACUGUUGUAACUUAUGUGCCUCGACUUAAAAAUGCCAUCAGCAAAUGAGAGGUGAAAACACAGUGCCUUAAAUUAUUCUGUUUCACAGUGAACUAUUCUUUUUAAAACACUGAAGGAGGCAUUUUACGUUGAUGGAGACUGUCGAUAAAAUGUGGUGGCCCACAUCAGCCCCUAUAUAAACAAACAGCAGAAUAAAAUAAAACAUUAUGGCUUUGACAGUGGCCAAAGAUAAGAGCCAUCCAUCAGAUUACAACAGAGAAUGUGUUUCAGGCUUGGAAGUUGAAGUUUUCUGUAAUCUUGAGUGGAAGGAUAUAUCAGCUACAUCUGCUGCUUCAUGUUCGCAGUGCUAGCAAGAAUCAAAUUAUUUUACCAUUAGCCACGCAAGCCAGGUCAAAGUCCAGUAUAAUUUAGCAAGACCAAGGAACAAUAUUUAAAUAUGAAAACAUGGCAAAUGCCUCAAUAAUAUCAAAAUCUUAAGAACCAAAGGUUUCUUUUGUCAAUCUUAUAUAAAAUGCUAAAAAUGCAAUUAAGAGUUAAAUGUGUUAUACCUGGGCAAAUGUGCCCCCCCGUCUUCAAAUUAGACUAAACUAAGGGAACACAAACAGACCUGGUAAUCACUACUUAUUUAGUAGCUAUGAAACAACAAAAAUAAAACCCAGAAAAAAAUGAGUAUUUUUUGAAAAACAAAUAAGCAGUUAAACACUGCAGAGUCCAAUAAGUGCCAACUCAGUCAGUACACACUGAUGUAAAAGACUGAAUUUGGAUGCAAAUCAAAGAGAAAAGUAUUUUGUUGAACACACUUCCUCAAAGAGUCAGCCCUUAUUUCCAAUGUCAGUGGGCACUAGAGCAUUAGCAAGACACAGCCCUCUAACUCAGAGAAUCUUAGAAGUAAGACCACCUUAAAUGCUCAAGUGAAAGCUAACAUAAAAUGUGUACCACGGCAAUGUACCUAGAAAAAAAAAUAGUAACAGCAAAAAUCAUUGUUCGUACUCUGUCAAUGCCACAUAUCUCCCCCCCGCCAUAUUCACAAAACUUACCUCAGUGUAACCUUGUUACAGGCUUAGCAAAUCUGACUUAACUUCUACACAGUACUGAAGAUUAUAUAUAUUUCUCUAAGGUUAGUCUACUGUAAAAAAAAAAAAAAAAAAAAAAAA